AUGGCCCAAACGAAGUCGCAUACUCCGGAGCGUGUCCGAGUCGCAAUCUGUGGAGGUGGCAUCGGUGGUCUUACCAUGGCUGCUAUUCUUCGUCGACUCGACAUUUCAUAUGUUGUUCUUGAGCGAUAUGCACAGAUUACCCCCCAAGGAGCCGGGAUAUCACUAGCACCCAACUGCCUUCGCGCUUUAGAUCAGCUCGGCAUUUUCGAGAAGCUGGCAAAGCAUUCACAGCCAUUGCGUGAAGUCCACAUUUACAAGAACAACGAGUUUUGGGGCUCUCAGAAGUUUGGAAUGACCAACGAAGCAUUUGGAUAUUACGUGCACAAAAUUGAGAGACAUCAAUUUCACCACUUGCUCCUUGAUGCGGCAGGUGGUAACGAUGUUGUACGGUUAGGCUUUAACGUCAACGACAUUGUCGACGACGCAGAGGCACCAUACGCCAUUGUCAAAGCUGAGGAUGGCCGAGAGGUUCAUGCCGAUAUCAUAGUUGGUGCCGAUGGGAUUCGUAGCUAUACUCGUCGAGUUUUGGCUGAGAAGAGUGGAAUGAAGGCAACAAAUACUAUUCGCUUCACCGGCAGAGUCCACAUGUCCGGAUACACGAAGCCUUUGACCCAUUUGACCUCCAAGGAUGAGGGAGUUGCGCACUGGAUGUUGUAUGAUGAUGCAAUUCUUACCACUUGGCCCUGCAAGGACAACAGGCAGUGGUUCAUUGGUGUUGCGGGAGCGAAACUAAAGCCAGGCGAGCAGCCUGACCGAUCCGUGUGGAAGGACGCGACUAAGGACACAAUUAACGAGGUUUAUGGUGAAAGAUUCCAUCCAUUCGGUGAGGGAUCUAAGAUGAAGUCUGCGGCUCAUUCCAUGACCUCAUUUUUUGGCCAGGGCGGAUGUCAAGCCAUAGAAGAUGCAGUGGAACUCGGUAAUGCCCUAUACGAGCACUUCCACCUUAACGACCCCACCGCAUUCGACAGAUAUUCUGAGGUCCGCCAGAAGAGAGCAAGCGACCUAGUUCAGUUCUCUGAUAACUUUGCAAAAGUGCAUACUGCAAGACUUCCAUAUGGACUUGGGCCCUUAGUGCGAAAAAUACUUUACAAGUACGUCCCUACCAGUAUCUGGGUAUGGUAUUUCAACUGGCUGUUCAACUACCAGCCAACCAUCAAGUACCCAUUGCUGGACGUUCCUGCUGGUCAGGCAACUUCAGCCGUAUGA